AUGACCCUCCUCACCCUGCACAGGCAGCAGAUCAGCUGGACUCUGCUGCUGGUCCUGGGAUAUCUCUUUUACCUCCUCUUGGGUGCUAUGGUGUUCCAGCUGCUGGAGAAGCAAGCAGAGGCCCAUUCUCGGGACCAGUUCCAGCUGGAGAAGCUCAAAUUCCUGCAGAACCACACAUGCGUGGACAGACAAGCCCUGGAGCAGUUUGUGCAGGUGCUCAUGGAAGCAUGGGAAAAAGGGGUCAACCCGGAAGGAAAUUCUACCAAUCCCAGUAACUGGGACUUUGGCAACUCCUUCUUCUUUGCAGGAACUGUUGUUACUACUAUAGGUUAUGGAAACCUAGCCCCCAGCACAGUGGCAGGGCAGGUGUUUUGUGUGUUUUAUGCCUUGUUUGGAGUGCCGCUCAACCUGGCCUUCCUUAAUCAGCUGGGGAAAGGACUCAAUGCUCAUCUGAUUACACUGGAAAGAUGGGUGCACAAGUCAGGCCGUGUUCAGGUCUUUCAGACGCUGGCAAUGGCCAUCUUCCUGACCACUGGGACCUUGCUUUUUCUAGUGUUCCCACCACUGGUCUUCAGUUAUGUAGAAGGCUGGAGCUAUGGAGAAGGCUUUUAUUUCACCUUUAUCACCCUCAGCACCAUUGGAUUUGGGGACUAUGUAGUAGCGGCACCAGCUCGGUGCCGCGGAGCCGCAGCGCUGCGCGGGGACCGCGACCCUGUCCGCCCCAGUGCGGAUGCUCUUCUGGCAGCCAACGCGGACUGGGGAAAGGUCUUUGUUCCCCUCUAUCUCACGUUCUGCAGCAAGACGGGGUAA